UCCUCCUCCCUGCGCUCUCUACCUGCUGCUGCGUCGCGCUGCUGUUGAGUGUGCGCACUCACUGCGCAAUGGACACAGAACCAUCUGUUACCGCCAACACUCGCUUUCAAAUGGAUUAUGAGACCAAGAUUUUCCCUCACACCGGCGGCUAUGGACGCUACAACCGAAUCGUGGUCGUAUUCAGCUGGUUCCCCAACUUCGCGGUCAUGUUGAAUCUAUUUAGCGACGUGUUUUACACCCUAAUCCCGGACUCGUACCACUGCAAACCCGACCCGCAGCUUCUGCCUUCCACUUUCCUCCUCAGCAACUUCACCAGACAGGGGUACCUCAACCUCACCAUCCCCUGGGUGAACGGUACCGGUCUCAGCCACUGUGAACUCUUUAAGUACACAUCCAACACCUCAGAUUUUUCCGAAAAUGUGCCCAGGGAGAGGGUGUCCUGCACCAAAGGGUGGGAGUACGCGCAUGUAGCCGGGCUCCAAAGCAACUUUGUUACUGAGUGGAACCUGGUUUGCAGUGACUACUGGAAAAUCCCUCUGCAGCAUAUCUGCUUCAUGACAGGAUGGAUUCUGGGAUACAUCGUCCUUGGUACAUUGUGCGACUGGUUGGGUCGUCGGCGCUGUUUCCUCCUCUCCAUCAUUCUGUCCAGUCUGGUAGGGGUGGCCGUGUGUUUGUCCAACAGUGUGGUGGUAUUUUUGCUGCUGCGUCUCUCUCAAGGCACCAUGCUCGCUGGCGUGUUUGUAUCCUCGUACAUUGCCAGGUUGGAGCUGUGUGACCCUCCCCAUCGUCUGAUGGUUGCCAUGGUCAGCGGCUUCUUCGCCGUGUUCGCAGAGCUGCUGUUGCCGGGCAUCGCUGUCCUGUGCCGCGAUUGGCCCGUUCUCCAGGCUGUGGCCACUUUGCCUCUGCUCCUGCUGCUUUCCUAUUGGUGCUGUGCGUCUGUGUUUCCUGAGUCUCCUCGCUGGCUGCUGGCCACAACUCAGAUCCCCCAGGUGAAGAGGAGCCUGCAGGAAUUCUCCACCAGGAACGGUGUUUGUCUGCGAGAUGAAAUCUACCCCGGUGAAACCCUGCUCUCAGAGAUAGAUUCAGCAUACGGAGAAGACUGUCGGCCGCAGUACUUUUCAGUUCUGGAGCUGCGUUGGACUCGUGUUAUCUGGAAGAACUGCCUCAUCCUCAGCUUCACACUAUUCAUUGGAACGGGCAUCCAGUACUGUUUCACCAGAAACCUGCACAGUUAUUCCACCAACUUCUACUUCAGCUACUUCCUCCGAGUUAUUACCGGAGCACUGGCCUGUAUCUUCAUCUGCUUGUCUGUCAAUCACUUUGGUCGGCGUGGUAUGCUUCUGCUGUCUGCCAUCAUCACUGGACUGUCAUCGCUGCUGCUGCUGGCUCUCACUCAGUACCUGCAUGGAGGCCUGGUGUUGGUGCUCUCCGUCGUGGGUCUGCUGUUCUCUCAGGCUCUCGCCAUGCUCAGUGUGUUCUUUGCCUGUGAGGUGAUGCCGACUGUGGUUCGCGGUGGUUGCCUCGGCCUGGUGCUGGCAGCAGGUAGUGUUGGCAUGGCCGCCUCCUCCCUGAUGGAGCUCCAGAAUAACGGUGGCUACUUCCUCCACCACGUCAUCUUUGCCUCCUUCGCCGUUCUCUCCGUUCUCUGCAUAAUGCUCCUACCUGAAAGCAAACGCAAGCCUCUCCCAGACUCCCUGAAGGAGGGCGAGAGCCAGCGCAGGCCUCCUCUCUUUCUGUCACGGCCCGACAGGGACAACCUGCCAUUACUGUGCACCCGGCCCCCUUUGUCGGAGUACAACCCUGACAACUAUUCCCGCUUGGUCUCUGCCACCAGGAAGAUGUUGACUAAAGAUAAUUUGCCUUAUAGGAUUGCGGUGCCAGGUCAUCCACCUCUGCUGUCAGACAAUGAAACACAAGGAGAGGAGGAUGAGAAACUGAGGGAAGCUGUACCUUAACUCUAUUAACAGACCCUCCUCAUCCUCCUCUGGACAGACUUGGAUUAUCCCUCCUCCUUCUUCUACACAUACCUCUACAGACAGUCUACCACCAUCCUUCAUUUAAUUAUUGUCUGGCUGGUCAUAACUCAACUGAAGAGCUGACCUUGGCUUGGAUGAAGUGCACUUUAGAGCAAUGGCUCCAAGUCUAUAACUUUUCAACAAUAGAUCAUUGUCUUCUUAUAUUUUGCACUAGAAGCCGUUAUUGUGCUGUGACAUUUUCUAAUGUACAUUCAAGUUCUGCACUAAAAAACAGUAGCCUUCUUUAGCUAAACUUUUUUUUCAUCCAAGCCUUUGUGAGAGCUAAAAAAACAAUUAUUACACUGUUGAUUAUGUUGGCCAUUGCAGCUGAGGCCACACUGCUCAUCUGUGUGAAGGGAUUCAAACCAAGUUUCACCAGAGAAGCUCACUCAACCGUGCGGUCGCUGUCUAUCAUGUGAGCAGCAAACCUUUGUCCAUUUAUUAGUUACUCAUGCAUUUUUGAUUAGGUCUGUAUUAGGUCCGUCUGAUUCACUAGCAGUGCUGAGAGGAUCCCAACAAGCACCGGGACAAACAACACCAGUUCGCUGUUGUUUUAGAGUUUCGUGUUAUACUUGUGAAGCACACAAGAGGGCGCUAAAUGAUGCACUGAUCAUUGAAUAUGAUGAUGGAUAUUUCUCUUUCCUUCCUUGUGCCGUUACCAAACCUUAUUAAUCCAAAUAUUUUCCUGAGAAGUAUUUUGUCAAAUAUUUGGAUGUAUUUUUGUGGGCAAAUAACGCCAAUGCCCAACCUUGUUAGGUUAUAAUCUAUUAUUUAAAGGUGCUAUUUUUACACAACUUUUCUCUUCAAACACUGAAAGUAGCUGUAAUAUGAAUUUGCAAAUGUACUAACCACUGUAGCUGACAAACAAAAUGUAAAUAAAGAUAAAAAAGUAGUAAAAUGAUAUGACUGAUUUCAAAGCCUUAGAAUUUAACAUCACCAAUCUUAACUGAAGAGCAUUAGAUAUUUUCACAGUUACUCCCUGAUAUAAGUCCUCUUUUUAUAUUUAAUAUUUAAAGAACCCCUCCAGAUUUGUAUUAAGACAUAACAGAGAAACUUUCCACUUUCAGCAGGAAAUAAAAACAUAUUUAUGAGUGGAGGGGGACUUUAAGGAUAAAUAGUGAGGACAUUCUGUCACGUUACUGAAAAGGAUGCUAAACUCUUCAAGGUUGCCGUGUAUGUAAUAGGAGACAAACACACUAUUUGAUUGGCCUUCAGGAGCUGCCAUUGUGUAAUAGUUUAUAAUUUCACCUUCAGUGAGCCAACAAAGGUGCUUUUGUAUUGAUUGAAGGUCCUACAGUCGGUCAAAGAAAUGCAUGUUACCAUUUUAUUAUGUGGAAUCUCUUUCCAUUGAAUGUUUGCCUAUCCGUGUCCUUUUCAAGUGAAAAGUGUUGUUACUUAGAAGUAUUGACUUGUUUUUAUCUUAAUUAUGCCAUCACUUCACAGAACUUAAUCGACCCCAAAGUAAAAACAGUGGUGGAAAAAAGCCACAGGGAUGUCUUGCAUCUAUGAGGCGUUACCCUCUCAGAACACUAGAUGGAGCACUUCUCUUGGACAUGAACUGUACUGCUUCCUGUGAAAAUGUCAGUAUACUGAUGUUGAGGAAUAUUUUUGUGUAAGUGUAUUCAGAUUACAUUUGUGUGACUUUAUCGGUAUCGGUAACGUUUGCCCACAGCAGCCUCUUUCUGACAGUCUUAUGUUGGGCUACAACAGCCAGACCAGUUCAAUAAACUCAACUUGGUCCAUCAUGAUAAUAA